GUUCCCCAAUCAAUGCAUGCCCCUCUCUCUCUCUGUCUCUCUCUCGUACUUGUAUCAAGCACAGGCAAAUGUGAACACAGACAGCUAGCUGCUGUAAUUCACCGUUUCCGCGUUUCCAUUCCAUGCACUUUUCAUGCAUUAGUCUUUGGAUUUGUUUUGGUUUUCUAAGCUUUUCCUCCAACAAUGCCGGCUUAUUUAUGAGUUAAAACAGUCUUGGAGUCUGCGGUGGGUCUAGACUGAUAGAAUUCAAGUGAACGGCACCCCGUCAAGUUGAAGCCAAAGCUUUGUAGUUACCCACAAGGUUGUUCCUUGUUGACUUUGGACUUUAAAAGCCUGUUUUUUUUUUUUUUUUUCCUUUCUUCUUGGUUUUUAGUUUUGGUAGAUGAACAAACUCGGACGGAGAACACAAUGUUGCAUUUGAAUACUAUUUGUGUCCUUUCUUUUCAAGUAUAUAUGUGCUGCUUAGGAAUUUUGAGGAAAUAAAUAGACUCGUAUGAAUUAUGGGAUCCCAUUCUUGUGUUAUUCUAUUUCUGCUGCAUUCUGGGUUAGAAGAAAAUCUCACGAUUGGUAGGUCUGAACAUCUGGGCGGAAUCAUCAAAGAUUAGUUUUGGUAUUGGUGAAAGAAAUCAACCAAUAACAUUUAGUUCUUUCAAUGCGACCUGCAACUUGAGAAGUGGGAUUUGUCGUUUCAAGCAGGGAUUCGAAUAGUUUGGGGUUGGGAGUUGGCACAGAAAAAACCAUAUCAAAAUUUGAGUUGGGUUGUCCUUAGAAUUCUGGUACAGAGCAAAAAGUUUUCACAUUUAUCGAAACUCAGACCUUCAAAUCAAGGAAAAAGGGCCACUCGAUUGCUACAGUUGAAGACUUUGGUCUUCUUUACUGGUGUUGACUACUGAUCUAUUAGUACUGUUGGGUUUACUGUGAAAGAAAAUGGUGGGAAGCAUUGAGGAAAUGGGUCGUAAUUACUCAAAUGGAUCUAUUCAGAACUGUAAUGGUUUGGAAGAGAAGCUUGACGAGUUCCGUUGCCUUCUUCGCAAGGCUGAUGGUGAUCCGCUGAGGAUUGUUGGUGUUGGGGCAGGUGCUUGGGGAAGCGUUUUUGCAGCUUUGCUGCAAGAUAAUUACGGACAAUAUAGAGAGAAGGUCCAAAUCAGAAUAUGGAGAAGGCCCGGAAGAGCUGUCGAUAGAACCACAGCUGAACAUCUUUUUGAAGUUAUCAAUUCGAGGGAGGAUGUGUUGAGGAGGUUAAUUCGGCGCUGUGCGUACUUGAAGUAUGUUGAGGCCAGACUAGGUGACCGGACUCUAUAUGCAGAUGAGAUUCUGAAAGAUGGCUUUUGCUUGAACAUGAUUAAUACACCCCUUUGUCCUUUGAAGGUUGUGACUAAUUUGCAGGAGGCUGUUUGGGAUGCCGAUAUUGUGGUCAAUGGCUUGCCUUCCACAGAAACUCGUGAGGUGUUUGAAGAGAUCAGUCAUUAUUGGAAGGAGAGAAUCACAAUUCCUAUCAUCAUCUCGUUGGCAAAGGGCAUUGAGGCUGCAUUGGAUCCUGUUCCCCAUAUAAUAACUCCCACACAAAUGAUUAACCGAGCAACUGGAGUACCUAUGGAGAAAAUACUUUAUCUUGGCGGACCAAAUAUUGCAUCAGAAAUUUACAACAAGGAAUAUGCUAAUGCUCGAAUUUGUGGAGCUGAGAAGUGGAGGAAACCUCUUGCAAAAUUUUUGAGACAACCUCAUUUUAUUGUCUGGGAUAACAGUGACCUUGUCACACAUGAAGUCAUGGGUGGCCUGAAGAAUGUCUAUGCUAUUGGAGCUGGGAUGGUAGCAGCGCUUACCAAUGAGAGUGCUACCAGCAAAUCUGUGUAUUUUGCACAUUGUACAUCGGAGAUGAUAUUCAUUACCCAUUUGUUGGCUGAAGAACCAGAGAAGCUUGCAGGGCCUUUGCUGGCUGAUACAUAUGUAACCUUGUUAAAAGGUCGCAAUGCAUGGUAUGGCCAAAUGUUAGCCAAGGGUGAGCUAAGCCUGGAUAUGGGUGAUAGCAUCAGUGGCAAAGGAAUGAUUCAGGGUGUCUCUGCAGUGGAAGCCUUUUAUGAACUUUUGAGUCAGUCUAGCCUAAAUGUGCUGCAUCCUGAAGAAAACAAGCCUGUAGCUCCUGUAGAGCUUUGCCCCAUCUUAAAGACACUCUACAAAAUACUGAUCUUAAGGGAACAGUCAUCACAAGCUAUUCUAAAAGCACUGAGGGACGAAAACUUGAACGAUCCCCGGGAACGCAUUGAGAUUGCGCAGACCCAUGCUUUCUACAAGCCUUCACUUCUUGGACAACCUUGAAUAUUACAGGUCUCCCAUAGUGAAAGAAGCAUUUGUUAUAUAUAAAAGACGUGAUGAACAGAAACAUAUAUAUAUUUUGCUAUUGUAAUAGAUUGAUUUAAUACCUAAUUUAUCUAAGUAAUUGGAUUUA